AUGAAGCUGCAACAAGUUCGGACGCGCUGCUCUGUUUCGUCUCAGCCUCUCCUGAGCCCUGAGUCCUGCUCCAACGCUCUUGGCUGUCCCAUGAGACAUGGUCUCUCCAUUAUUCCUGUCUCCCAUUGUAUCUCCAAAAAAAUCGACGUCAUGCUGCCAAGCUGUUUGGUGAGGGAGGAUGGAUUCGAAUUUCGAGCAAGACCACCAACGAAGAACGCCUAUCCCUACGGACCGCGACUCAUCAUCUCAUUUCAAACAUUACCCAAAGAAAGCACCGACGCAGUGUGCCAGUGCGACAAAGGAGAUUAUCGCAAUGAGAUGCCAUACCGAUCCGCCAAUCCGUCAAUCGUGUCUCGCCGACUUUGCAGAUUCCAGGAGAACAAAUUUAGAACACGCCGAGAUUUAGCAGGCGAAUAUCGAUUUGCAUACCCAGUUUUCAUCUUGUCAUGCAUGUGGCUGAGGGCGGAAGUUGUUACGUGGUACGCUCGCUGUGUUCUCCUCCACCCAACUCCCAAGCUCCGCAUAACGGCGUACCUAUCUAAUCGCUUCCAAAAGGCGCCGCAUCGCUUAGAUAGAUUGGCGCUUUCCGAUGGCAAGACCUUGACGCUCUCCCGGUCUCAGCAAACUUCACGACAACGGCAAGCCACAUUCCUAAUAGAUUCAUGCCGGUUCAUGUACUGUGCCGUUUUCUCACUCCCAAUCACUUCCUCGGUCGCUCAAUGCUCGAGGCAAGAAGAGGAGAGAGAGGGCAGUUCGAUGCUUUUGGGCAUGCGCAAACUCUAUAGUCACAGUCGCACGGCCUACCUAUCCAGAGACGUGGUCACCAUGACUGCAAAACGCAAUUCCGGUCUGGAGUUCUUCAGCGAGACUCUUGCACUGUUGUUAUUGCCCAACUUCCAAGGGGCAAUGUCGAGCAAAGCAACACAUCGUCCUUUGAGGAACUUUACGAGAGUCGUCACUCUGCAGCCAGCCAAUGAAGACAAAUUCGGAAGGGAAUCGGCUGACCCGCCGCCGUCGAGUUGUACAAGUGCGCCCCUCACGGUGGAGACAAGCAUCCGUUGGCCCCAAAGUGCUCCGGCGGCUCCUUUCAAACUCAAGCACAUCCUCCUGACCUCUCACCGUCCCCGGGGCCCCAGGAAGCCCUCCGGCACCGGCGGCCUGGGUGACAUUGUCCCCGAACUGGCGGUGGAACCUUGCAACCUCAACUCAACACCGAGGCUUGAUCAGGCUCAAAAACGCGGUCGACAAGUGCACCGCUCCAGCGUGCGGAGUAAUCUCGCCUCGGCAAGGGGCCACGGUACGCGGUACUGGCUUUGCCCUAGCUUGGUCGCCGAGGCGGGAACUUUGCCUAUCUCUACCUCGCACGAGCCUAUCACCUCGACGCCCAGCUCCCACGACCCCGCAUAA